AUGUGGACCCUGGCCACCCAUGCUCGCGCCUUGCACACGUCCCCCCCACCGGCGCCGGCCGCGGUGCAUGUCCUGCUGACUGGUCCCUCUGUGACCGGCGCUCGGCACUUUAGUGGACGAUCUUUUAUGACGCCGGCGUCGCUGCCCCCCGGCAGGGCUCUUCCCAAUGCGAGCAAUCCGCCAUCCGACUCGCGUGGCAGCGGUGGUGCCAACAAAGAUGCCAGCAGGUCCUCGAGCUCACAUUGGCUUGCUGGCUCCUUUGGCCGCCGAGGCAACUUCCCAACUCCGUCCAGCUCUGGGUCGGCCUCCCUCCCCAACCGGCUUGUCCGUCCGCCCGACGCGCCGGACUUCCUGACCAUGUUCACCACCUUGGCACCGAGCAAGUUACCCGAGUCGCGUGACUCGCUCCUUCGUCGAGCUGAAGGCACCCCCUCUCGAUAUGAGCGCCCCGAUUCACUGCCAACCACCUGGGACCCGACGCACCGGCUGCCGCGGGAACAGAUGCUCAUCACCUCCGCCACCACGGCCAGCCGCCUGGCCGCCGGGCGAUGCCUCCUGUGCGGCACGCACAGCAGCCGCACCCCCUGUCCAUAUGGAACCCCGCCCUCGACGGCCCCCCUCCUGGCACAGGAGAUGGCCCGACGCCAGAAGGCCGCCCUGUGUGCCUUUUGCGGCGACCAUCCCGAAAGCCUGCCCUGCCCUCGGCGAUAUCCCGCCGCCCUGGAGGAAGACCCCCUCGGGCUGCUGGUCCACUCAAAUCCCCUGGCCGACUCGCCGCUUCGUUCGAACCUGCGGCCAGUGCUCUUUGUGACGCCGGAGGUGGCACGCGAGCGGGCCGCCGAAGGGCUCUGCCCCCGGUGUGGCAUGCACCCGAAGGAGGAGCUCUGCCGGCCGCACUUCUAUCGCCACAUGUAUACCAAUGAGGCUGGAGUGCUGAAGGUCCGGCCAUUCCACCAGCGCCUGCGCCUGCAGCAGCGCCUGUGUCCCUACUGCGGCGGGCAUCCCGUGAAUGAGGUGUGCCCAUCGCUCCUGCGCCGGGGGCAGAUCUUCAUCUACGGCACGGUGUCCCUGACCCGGCAGCAGAUGGAGGCCCGUGUUCGGGCUCGGGUGUGUCUGAUGUGCGCCGGGCAUCCCAUCACCGAGCCCUGUCCCCAUCACCGUCGGUCGAUGGCCAGUGUCGAGGGGAACUUCGUGCCAUCCAGCCUGUUCCCCGGGCGUAUGAGUCUCUCGACGGCCGAGCGCCACCGGCGCAUUUUCUCCCUCUUGUGCACCUACUGUGGCUCCCACCCGGCGGAUCAGCUCUGUCCGAAGCUCCUGCGUGAGGGUACCCUCGCCGUGAACCAACACCGGGAGCAGUUGCCCGGGGAAAUUUCCCGCCGACAGCGCUACGGCCUGUGCAUCAAUUGCGGCCUCCAUUCAUCCUCCAUCCCCUGUCCAAUGCGCCAGCGGUACCCGAUCAAGCCGCAGCUCAAUCACCGGGAGACCCCGCUGUCGAGCAAUGUGGCGCGAACCAUCUCCGAAGCGCGAGCCUCCGCCCGGCGCUCAACUCGCCCGGAUAAUCUGGUCAAUUGGGAUGUGGUGGAGUACUUCCCCCGGCUGUUCGGGGCGCAUCUGUGUGGCAAGUGCCAUGGUGCGCCGUUGCUGCCCUGCUCGGCAUGCGGACGCCGGCCCAUUCCCACCGGCUCGGAUACCGUGCAGCCGAAUCUCCUCUUCGAGUAUGCCCGGCGCUGGGUGGAGAACCUCUGCAUGGAUUGUGGCACGCACCCGCCGGAUCGGCCGUGCCCUCUGGUUCAGGGGACCACCUUGCGUGAGGAGUUCGCCCUGCCGGUGGUCCAUGGCAGUUCGGUUCCGCGGUUGCCCUACCUCCCGCCGGAUGAGCUGCAUCUUCCCCAUCCCCGGCGGAACCCGGCUCUCAACAUGGACCCGCGCUUGCGCCUGCGUCUGCUGACGGAAUCCCACGACGCGCGCUUGCGCUUCCAGCUCCCUCCAUCGCCAUACACCCGGUCAUCCGUGUGUACCUUCUGCUUCCAGCAUCCCUCGAGCACCACCUGUCCAACCUUGCUCGCGGACUUCAACAUCUACUUCAUGAACGGCCAAUUGUCCAUCCCCUCGCGGACGUAUCAUGAGCGCCUGUCGGCCGGCCUGUGCGUUCGGUGUGGCCUGCAUGCCAGUGAUCUGCCAUGCGCGGUGCGCCUGCACCCGGACGACAUGUUCAUCAGCAACCGCGCGGCGGUCCUCCCCCGGCGUGCUCCGUCCAGUUGGGUACACGAUGCUCUCAACUGGGACAGCUUGAACCCGAAUCCCCCCGCGUCCGAUGCUGAGAGCCGAGACACCCCCCCGGCCGCGGGCACUCCUGUGCCUGGCAGCGAUCAGGAUGGUGUGGCCGAGCCGCGCGACACCUGCGAUGGGGCCACCUCGCCGGGCGACCAUCACUCGCAUGCAGAUGAGCCCACCUCUGGCCUGGCAGCUCGAGCCCACGUUGCGAGCGAACUGUCCGGGGAGUUUUCCCUGUCGCCGGACUCGCCGCCGAUGAGUGCCCCCCUGCUGCAGCUCCUCACUCGCGGAGGCAAAAUGUCCUCGCUCCUUGAUGGGGGGUCGUAUGAUCCGAGUAACCCCGGCGCGGGGGCCGGCCGAAUGUUCGGCUCCGGUGACCUGGGCACCAUGCUGGACCCCACUUGGCUGGACUCCGCCCCGCAUGCCGUGGCUUCGAAGCAGCAGCCCUCCUCCUCGGCGGCCGAGUCUACGACCGACACGAGCGUCUUCUUCGAGGAAAACGACGACCCUCCCAUCCAGAAGUAG